AAAAACAUGUUACUACUAACGAUAGUUCUACUAACAUUACCGACGAUAUUAUAUCUAAUAAUACAAUGGAAUAAAUCGUACUGGAAACGAAGAGGCUUGGACUACAUAGAACCCCUCGUGUUCUACGGAAACACCAAGAAAGUGUUCAAACGUCAAGAACCCUUCGCGCAGGCCUUCGCGAAUUUCUACAAGUACUUCAAGGGCAGAGGCCAAAGACACGGCGGGAUUUUCCUGGGGCCCAAGCCCACCUACGUGCCCGUCGACGUGGAAAUCGUGAAAAAUAUCCUGCAAAAGGACUUCGGACAUUUCGUGAAUCGCGGUAUACACGUCGACGAAGAGAUCGAUCCGCUCUCGGCGCAUUUGUUUAACUUGGAGGGCGAAAAAUGGAAGAAUCUUCGCACGAAAUUGACUCCGACUUUCACGUCAGGCAAAAUGAAAAUGAUGUUUUCCACGAUGAGAGCCUGCACCACGGGCCUAUCGGGCAUCCUCGACGAACACACCAAAUCCCACGAACCCGUAAACAUCAAAGACGUAUUCGCCAGAUUCACCACCGACAUCAUAGGCUCUGUAGCAUUCGGAAUCGAUUGCAACAGCCUAAAGGACCCCGACUCGGAUUUCCGAAGGUUCGGCAAGAAAAUGUUCCUCCUGCCGAAGAAAACCCCCAAAGACCUGCUCGAGAUUUUCCUCUCGCGAAAACUCCUGAGCAAACUGGGCGUGCGGAACAAACGCACGCCGCAGGACGUGGAGGAUUUCUUCAUGGACAUCGUCCGCUCGACGGUGAAUUACCGGGAAAGCGGGCGAGUUUUCCGGCCGGACGUGCUGCAUUUGCUGCUGCAGCUGAAGAACCGCGGUCGCGUGGCGGACGACGAGAAAAUCCUGCCCGAUGCCGGGGAAAAACCGGCCGAUUCGAUGACCAUCGAGGAACUAGCCGCUCAGUGUUUCAUAUUUUUCGCAGCGGGUUUCGAAACUUCCUCGACGACGAUGACUUUCGCUGUGUUGGAACUGUCACUUAACCAGGACGUGCAGGAGAGGUUGAGAGAGGAAAUUGUGAAGGUGUUGAAAUCGCACGGAGACGAAAUUACCUACGAAGCUAUAAUGGAAAUGGAUUAUUUGGAUAAAGUCAUUCAAGAAACUCUAAGGAAAUAUCCUCCGGUGGCCGUUAUCCCUCGUCAGUGCUGCAAGGACUACAAAAUUCCCGAUACGAAUGUAACACUCGAAGCCGGCACGUUCAUCAUUAUUCCCGUCAAAGCCAUUCACCACGAUCCGGAUUAUUAUCCGGAACCAGAAAAAUUCGAUCCGGAACGGUUCGACGAAGAAAACAAAGCCAAAAGACCACCGAUGACCUUCCUGGCCUUCGGAGACGGCCCCAGGAUCUGUAUAGGUGCCAGAUUCGGUUUGUUGCAAGCCAAAGUCGGUCUGGUUGCGAUUCUCAAAAAUUUCAAAUUCACUUUGAACGACGAAAAGACGAAGAUGCCGUUCGAAUUCGACGCGCAUGCGACGAUAACUUCUGUGAAAGGAGACGUUUGGAUGGAUGUUACUAGAUUGGAGGAAAUAAACUGAUGCAAAAUUAAAAUAAUGUAUUAUAAAAAAUGGUUUAUAAAAUAUAUGUAGA